AUGGGACUCCCCCGCGCCGAACAGCAGGAAACUCCUGGUCAGAUUCCAGGCAAAACUGAAAAACUAUCCAGUCCCGGCAUUGUUCAACCAGCUGCAGCUGCCCCGGAGGAUGGCAUUCAAGAGGGCACUGUUCCCAUUGCCAGAACACCCCAGAUCAUGGGGGAAUCUGGUGUCAGCUGGGAUGUGCAGAGAGAAGUUCACGUUGAGACCGUGGGGCCGACCUCUGUCUACACAGUGGAGAAGAGUGAUGCAACCCCGCCGUACAUGCAGGUGACCAUUGAAGAUGUGCUGGUUCGGUGUGGGGAGAUGGCAAAGUUCGAGGCCAUUAUCGAAGGGAAUCCCCAGCCAACCGUUGCUUGGUUUAAGGGGAUUUCCUUAUUGGCGGACAGCGAAAAAGUCGGUCAGUUCAGUGAAGGCACAAGAUACUCUUUAAUCCUGUACAAUACCAGGUCUGAAGACGGAGGGGUCUACACGUGCAUAGCUAAAAAUGCAGGAGGAGAGGUCUUAUGCAAAGCCGAAUUGGUGGUGCAAGAAGACAAGAAAAGCCAAGAGGCAAAGAAAGAGAGUACAAGAAGAAAGCUCCAUUCCGUCUAUGAGGUCAAGCAAGAAAUAGCGAGAGGUUCCUUUGGCCUUCUCAAGAGGGUUGUCCAUAAAGGCAACCGAACACUCUGUGCAGCGAAAUUCAUACGCCUGAGCAGCAGAACAAGGGAUCAGACCUUUCGCGAGAGGGACAUCCUGGCCACAUUGUCCCACGACAGGAUCACUCGACUGCUGGACGAGUUUGAGACGCGGAAGACCUUGAUCCUUAUCUUGGAGCUAUGUUCCCACGAAGAGCUCUUGGACAGGUUGUUCAGGAAGAACGUGGUGACGGAAGCAGAGGUCAAGCUAUAUAUUAAACAGCUUUUAGAAGGGAUUGCAUACAUCCAUGAGAACCAAAUACUUCACUUGGACAUUAAGCCCUCAAACAUCUUGAUGGUUUACGACGACAAAGACGACAUUAAGAUCUGCGAUUUUGGGUUUGCUCAAAAGAUAAACCCAUCUGAACCGCAGUACAGUAAAUACGGGUCUCCGGAGUUUGUCUCCCCAGAAAUUCUCUCACAGUCACCAGUGUCCAAGGCAUCUGAUAUCUGGCCUGUUGGCGUUAUCAGCUAUUUAAGUUUGACCUGCAAAUCUCCGUUUGCCGGAGAAAACGACCGAGCGACCCUACUAAACAUACAGAAUGGGAGGAUUUCGUGGGACGUUCCUGGUUUUGUUAGUCUGAGUGACGAUGGAAAGGAUUUUAUCAGAAAGAUACUGCAGAAGUCUGCGGAGGCAAGACCAAGUGCCAGGGAAUGCCUCUCCCAUAGCUGGUUUGUGAAUAAACCCUCCCUCGAGGAAUCUCAUUUUAUAGAUACAAACCAGCUCAAAUUCUUUGUCUCUCGAAGCAAGUGGCAG